AUGCUUGUCUUCAAGAACAUGUUUAGCUUUGUCCUCACAUUCUACGCCUAUACUUGGUUUACGCACGGAGGCGUCAAGAGGACCAUGACCAUCGUCGGCAGCAUUCAAGUAGGAAUCUGCCUUGAGCAUUCCCAUAUGUCUUCGGGAAACGGAAUCGAUCAUUCUUCGACCGCCAUGAUAUUCUCGAGAAGCUCCGUCUACGUUAGCCUUGCGGUGUUUUUUCAAUAUCGCUCACGCUGA